UACUGUUGCUAGGGCUCUUUAUUUUAAUAUUUUAUUUUAUGUCCUAUUUAUUUGCAUCCCUUUGAAGAGUGUUUGGCCUCCCAGGGAGCUUUGUUUUGGGGGUAAAGGAGGACCGUUUUUGACGAGCCACCUCCUCAUCCCCCCCUUACAUAAAUGUUUGCGUGCCGUUAGUGCUCUCGUUCUCGGUCAACCCCCCUCUCCCUCUGAAUAGGUUUGCUGAGUCUGACACGCAGACAUCUCACAGGCCCAUGCACACAUAGACACAGGCAGACCUGGACAUUAUCUCACGCGCACUCAAACACUCGUAUGCAUACAUAAUUGUACAGACGGACCUCAACCUCCUCCCCCCCUCACCCACCAACCCUCUCACCCCCCACUAUCUGAUGACUUCCCGGCGUAGAUGUGGACGUGAAACGACUGUAGCAUCAUCAUCAUCCUCAACACUGUCAUCAUCACCAUCCUCCUCCUCUUCCUCACUACCACCAUGUCCUCGUCGUCGCGCAAGAUCUCCUCCGAGUCGUUCAGCAGCUCGGUGGGCUCGGACUGCGGGCUCGAGAGCCCCGGGGGAGACGGAGGAGACGGCGGGUUGGAGCCGGCGGAGGAGAGCCGAGGCUGCCCCUUCUCCUCCUUCCACUCCUCCCACAGAGCGGUGCUCUGGAACGGACGCAGCCCCGCCGAAAGGUCGGCGUGCCCGGCGGGCGAGGAGCAGCAAGUGCCCCACAAGAGGGUCACCAGGAGGAGACGGGUGAACCUGGACUCGCUGGGGGAGAGCCUGAGGAGACUGACCUCACCCACGACAUCGACUGUUCAGGAGGCUCUGCAGCGAACUCUACAAUUCUACAGACAACAAGAGAUCAGGUGUCAGGAAGUUGGCAGUGAGCAGAGACGAAGAGAGAGGAAUGAGGAAAAGUGCCCAUUUCUAGAAAAUUCUGGUUCAGAAGAAGAUGUCCUGCAAAUCCUGCAGUACAUGGCCACCAUACUGGGAGUCCCAUUUUGUGAGCUGCGAGAGCAUUUCGGAGAGGAGUUCUUUGGCCUCUGCUUUGAAGAAAAUGAACGAGUGCUGCGGGCCGUAGGCGGCAACCUCCAGGACUUCUUCAAUGGCUUUGACACUAUUUUGGAACACAUUCGCACCUCCACGGGGCGCCGUGCCUCAUCAGAGAGCCCCUCCUUCCAGUGCAAGGAUCCCUAUGAGGAGGAGAAGGGGAGAAGAAAAUUGGACAAAGUUGGAGAGCGCAGAGAAAGAGAUGGGAAAGGGAAGGUGUUGCUUCUUCAUUGUUUCAACCCUGCCCCUGUUGUUGGAUUGGUCAUGCCAGGGUUGAUCAGAGCUGUUGCCAGGCGAAUCUUUCAUUCAGAGGUUGAGGUGGAAGAGGUGCCACCUCUAACUCCCUUAUUGCCUAAUGAAGAUACAGAACACACAGACGGUGAAUCCACCACCCCCACCCCAACUGCGUCCCCCACUGCCUCACCCUCCUCAUCCCCGUCCCCUCCCUCUCCUUUUCCAACCUCUGUUCCCACAGUUUGCAUAUCCUUCCAAAUCCAGGAGACAAGUCCUCCCUCCAUCUCCUCUCUCCCAAAUGCUGCCUCAGUGAGCUCUAAACGUCCCCCUCUCUCACUCUCCACAAACCCCAGUGAUCUGCGCAUUGGCCUGGCGACAUUUUGCCGUGCCUUCCCGUUUCACCUUGUCCUGGGGCCUUGCAUGGAGCUACUGCAGCUCGGAGAAGGACUGAGGAGACAGGCUCGCAUUGAGCCUCACCGGAGCCUGUCGUUCAGGGACUGUUUUGAGAUUGUCUCACCCAAAAUGGAGCCUUCGUUCCAGGGAAUCCUGCUGAGGCUUGCAUCGCCGUUUACCAUCCGUACCAGGCCCGAUACCACACAGGCUGGCACCAAGGAGAAGGUCAUGGAGUUGAAGGGUCAGAUGAUCCAUGUGCCGGAGUCCUGCUCCCUGAUGUUUCUGGGCUCGCCCCGUGUUGAUAAGCUGGAGGAGCUGAUGGGCAGGGGCCUCCAUCUGUCAGACAUCCCCAUCCAUGAUGCCACGCGGGACGUUAUCCUGGUGGGGGAGCAGGCUAAGGCCCAGGAUGGCCUGAAGAAGAGAAUGGACAAACUUAAGGCCACAUUAGAGCGGACUCACCAGGCACUGGAGGAGGAAAAGAGGAGAACCGUAGAUCUCCUUUAUUCCAUAUUUCCAGGUGAUGUGGCUCAGAAACUGUGGCAGGGUCAGCCAGUGCCCGCUCGCAAAUUUGAUGAUGUUACCAUGCUGUUCUCAGACAUCGUGGGUUUUACUGCUGUGUGUGCCCAGUGUACACCCAUGCAGGUCAUCUCCAUGCUGAAUGAGCUUUACACACGCUUCGACUACCAGUGUGGUAUUCUGGAUGUUUAUAAGAUUGAGACAAUAGGCGAUGCCUACUGUGUGGCAGGAGGACUUCACAAGAAGGUUGAAAGUCAUGCGAAGCCAAUUGCACACAUGGCUCUGAAGAUGAUGGAACUUUCUGAGGAAGUGCUGACACCUGAUGGGAAACCUAUCAAGUUAAGAAUAGGUAUCCACACAGGUUCGGUGCUGGCAGGUGUGGUCGGAGUUAAAAUGCCACGUUAUUGCCUGUUCGGGAACAAUGUUACGCUGGCCAGUAAGUUUGAAUCGGGGAGCCAUCCGAGGUGUAUCAAUGUCAGUCCCACAACUUACCUGUUGCUGAAAGAUGACCGCUCUUUUUCAUUUGUCCCCCGCUCGCGGCUGGAGCUCCCAGAGAAUUUUCCCAAAGAGAUCCCAGGGACAUGUUACUUCCUGGAGGCGGGCACAUCUCACAGCCAUGCCUCUUUGACCAGUUCUCGCUCCGCUCCCCCAGCCUCUAUGAGGAAAGUCUCCUACAGCAUCGGGACCAUGUUUCUAAGAGAAACAAGUUUGUAGGUACCACACACAGACUAGGAUACGCAGUUAUUGAUUAUGUGAGAGGCUGGAUUUGAAACUGUGGGACAUGCAGGAAACAGAUCACACAGAUCUUUGGAUAUGCAAAUGCGUUCUGUGAAAACUUGCAUUUAGACCUGUGGGAUAGCCUAUAGAUGACACUUAAAAAAUACUGUCAUUAUGGGUGGAAAAGAACAACAUGCCCUCAUCUCCCUUGGGCAAGGGAGAUAUGACUCUAAUGACUCUAAAGACUUGAGGAACAGCAACUGUGCUCAUCUCACAUGAACCCUUCUCCAAGGACAAUGAUGGGGGCAAUUAGCAGAGAAACCCUGAUAUAAAACUUAGUGAUUUAGCUGGAUUCCUCAGCUCCAUACCUGGUUCUCUCUCCCAGAUAAUAUCUUGACGUUGGUCUACAGGCAACAAUGUUCGGAGAAAACCUGGAGAAACCAUUAACAUGACCAGUGUUGCACCCAUCGUAAAGAACAAAUCCACUUUCCAUUAACAAAGUGGAUGCUGAGGUAUGAAGUUGUGUGAACUUGGCAACAUUGUCACAAAUGUUUGCUGUGCAUCAUGGCCUCUUGUGCAAGAAAGACCACCACUGAACAACAAUACAACUCCCAUUCCUCCCCUUCCCUAAAUCAUGUCAUGCUUACCAAACAUCUGCUGCUCGUUACAUCCAUCCAACAACCAGUUGGUUGAUGUUGAAAGAGACGGAAGAGAGGCGCAAACAAAGAGAUAGGUUUAUAUAGGGGUCAUCAAAGGACAAAUGCCAAAAACACUAAUGCUAAGCUGAUCUUAGAGCCUUCUCUGCUGCUAACCUACAGCAAACUAUAACCCACAACAAUCCAGCCAUUUCAUUGCAGGUAAUAUGUUUAGGACUGAAAAUUAUUCCCAGCUCAGUGCCUUUUUACUGCUCAAAUCAGGACAAAGACAAGAUGAAUUAAUUUUAAAUAUUUGAAAAUAAAGAAAAAAAAAACAUUAGAGGCGCUUAAUUAACUUUAUUGUUUCAGACUUUUUAUGGCAUUUCUGUGCUGUUAGCUUCACCAGAGAGUGAUAGAUUUGAUUGAGGAAUGGCAUGUGCCAAACGUUAUGAACCACAUUUGGACCUGUGAUGUCGCAAGUAACGGCAGGCCAGCGCCUUUUCCCACCAAGCCACCAGGAGUCCCAACUGUUUAUUUUUAGACAGUCAUAAGUAACUGGCAAGCUAAAUCAAGCGCUUCUCAAAUAGUUCAAGUAUUUGAAAUUCUAUUCAUCUGUUUUUGUUUUUAAUUUUUUUGGUCCAGAUCAACAAAUAAAUACAUACAGUAUAGUACUAAUAAUAUGUGCUAUACUAACUUAGACACAUAGUCACAGUGUGCAUGCCUGACACAGUUCACAUUAACAUAAUGUUUUUUAAUUGCAUUGUUUUUUUUACCACUCUGAUAUAAAGUAUACAUUAGC